CUUUUUAAGAGAUUUUUGACAGCUGUCAAAAAAUAUUCAACUCAUCCUAUUGUGUGAAUAAUUUGCUGAUGAGAAUAACAUUAAAAUACAUAAAAUGGCCAAAGUAAAUGAAGUAGCAAACUUAUAUAAACAGUUAAAAUCAGAAUGGAAUACUGCCAACCCAAAUUUGAGUAAAUGUGAAAAGUUAUUAUCUACUUUGAAGCUGGAACUUACUAACCUUAUGUUUUUACCCACUACAACGGCUGCUGCAUCAAAACAAGAACUUCUUCUUGCAAGAGAUGUGUUAGAAAUAGGAGUACAAUGGAGUAUAGCCGCUAAGGAUAUAACCUCCUUUGAAAGAUACAUGGCACAACUCAAAUGUUAUUAUUUUGAUUACAAUAAUCAACUUCCAGAAUCUGCUUUCAAAUAUCAAUUAUUAGGAUUAAAUUUGUUAUUCUUAUUAUCCCAAAACAGAGUAGCUGAAUUUCAUACAGAAUUAGAACUAUUGCCUGCAGAUCAUAUUCAGAAUGAUGUUUAUAUAAGGCAUCCUUUGUCUAUUGAACAGUAUCUAAUGGAAGGAAGUUACAAUAAAAUAUUUCUUGCAAAAGGUAAUGUUCCAGCAAAAAAUUACAACUUCUUCAUGGAUAUUUUGUUAGAUACAAUAAGAGAAGAGAUUGCAGACUGUUUAUCAGCAGCUUAUGAAAAAAUAUCAGUCACAGAUGUUGCCAGAAUGUUGUACUUACCAAAUGAAGAAGCGGCAAAAACAUUUGCCAAGAAGGCAUUCCAAAACAAAACAUGGAAAUUGAACAAUAAUUUAUUCCAGUUUAUCCCAGAAGAAAAGACUCAUGAGCCAAUUCCAUCGCAGGAACUAGCUAAACAAGCUAUUGAAUAUGCAAAGGAGCUUGAAAUGAUUGUUUAAACAUUUAUUUAUAUCCUCACUAAAAAUUAAGACAUCCUGUGGUUUUUUUUACUAAAAUAAAACAAGUUAUCAAAGGA